CUGCAAUUCACCACUUGAGUAUCCCAAAUAUUCCAAGACCUUGAGAAUGGUAAACGCACAGCAAUUAGAACUUUUAAUUCAAUCUAAGCUACAACCUACUCAUGUUGAAAUCCAAGAUUUAUCUGGAGGGUGCGGUCAAAACUUUGUAGUAGUCAUUGUUUCGCCUUUAUUUGAAGGAAAAACAACUCUCGCUCGCCAUCGGUUUGUCAACCACGAGCUUGAGGAAAUUGUGAAACAGGUUCAUGCGUUUACGCAGAAAUGCUACACCCCAGCACAAUGGGAAUCGAUGAAGAACAACUAAAGAAAAAACAUAUGGAAGCAAUAUCUCGACUUAUAGGACACUUUGAUAGGCUGUCUAUUAUGCAUGGUUUUUUCCUACAACUGUACAUAACUAUAGAACGUUUGUAAAUGCUUGUGAAUUAUAACGCUCAAACACUUUUCUUAACCUUUACACCUUUUUUCCUCCCUUUGCUGUGUAUGCGUGGUUACCUUUCCGCUAGCGUAUUUUUUUUUUUGUCAUUACUGGUAUUAACCAGCGUUCUACCGAAAAGCAGAUUUAGUUCGGUCUUGUGGGAAAGAUAUACACACUCCUUUUGAUAAGAUUGAUUUCAUAUAUGGAUUGAAGACAACGCUUAUCCUUAGGCGUCCUGUUCAAGAAAGGUAAUCGGAUUGGAAGAUACCUUUUGUGGGAAUAAAAGACCAAACUCGAUAAGGGUUGUUAAGAUAUGAUUUAUAUACAUAAUAGUUUGGGCAUUCUCACUCUGUCAUAAACUAAUUUUGGUAGCUGCAGAGCUGUUAGAUUACAAUUUUUGUCUUUCGUCUUGGAUUUGCCGAAUGUUCAAUAUUCAUCUGUUAGCAGUCAUAGCUCAAGUUCUGUAUUCAUAUAAUUAUAGAGACGAAUAAGUAUAAAAACCCGUUUAUUCUUCCCAA